CGUAAGCGUAAGCAACAAAUAAGAUAAAGAGCGCUGAGUUUCGCAUUUUUCCAUUGAUAACCAAUUUCUAUAAAGAUGGGUUUAGGAAUUAUCACCGAAUCUCAGCCGGUGAAGAUGAAGCGUAAUAAUAUUGUGGUAUUUUCUGGCGGUAGCGCCGCAAAUACCUUGGUGGAUGUUUUUGGAAAUGUGGCUCGUGAGAAGGGCUGCACGUUGAGCUAUAUUAUUCCCAUCAGUGAUAAUGGCGGAUCGUCGAGUGAACUGAUUAGGGUGCUUGGGGGACCUGGGAUUGGUGAUGUGCGGAGUCGUCUCGUCCGACUAAUCCCCGAAGAUGUGGCUGGAAAUGACCCGGAGAAGGCAGCCAUGAAGACAUUCUUCAACCAUCGCCUCGCAUCCACGCCGGAAGCAGCACGCGCAGAGUGGCUCGAUAUCGUUGAAGCCCGGCACGAGUUAUGGACCUCCAUCUCCUCCGAGAAAGAGGAAUUAAUCCGUUCCUUCCUUAACACCAUUAACCUCGAGAUUGUGAAGCGAGCUCGGCCCUCCUCGUUCUUCAACUUUCAGUCUGCUGCGGUGGGCAACCUCUUCCUCACCGGCGCCCGUCUGUUCACUGGUUCAUUUGAAUCGGCCAUUUAUCUUCUCGGAUCCAUCACGGGGGUUCCAUCAAACGUAUCCGUCAUUCCCACUAUUAAUUCUAAUUUCUCCCACCACAUUUGCGCCGGCCUUAGAGAUGGAACCUCGAUUGUUGGGCAGAACUCCAUCUCCCACCCCAGUCCUCUCCCGAACAAUCUCCCAGGCGGAGAGGAUGACAUCGACGGGCCUAUGUCACCGACGACCUUCCAACGGAAGACUUUCGAGGAACUCAUUAUGCAUGACAGUGUCGAAGACGCUAAUCUUCCGGGCUCCCUCCCGACCCUAAGGAAACAGUAUAUCGAUUUCCACAAGUCUGAUACGGAAGACCUACCCUCGAGGAUCCGCAGGAUAUGGUACAUCAACCCUUAUGGGCAAGAAAUACGACCGAGUCCGAACCCAAAGGCUCUUGCGGCCUUGGGAAACUCGCAAGCUGUGAUUUACAGCAUCGGUUCCCUAUAUACGUCUAUCAUCCCGUGCUUAAUAUUGAAGGACGUAGGAAACGCUAUUGCUGCCCCUGGCAUUAAAUCGAAGAUUUUGAUUCUCAAUGGCUCAAUAGAUCGCGAGACUGGCCCAGAAACGAAUCCAUAUUGCGCUCGAGAUUUUAUUUGCGCCAUCUCCAACGCGUGUGGAACAUCCAGGGGCGAUCUAAGCGUUGAUGCCGCGUACAUGAACAAAUAUGUCACGCACGUGAUUCACCUCGAGGGUGAGGGGACACCAAAGGUUGAUAAAGAAGAGCUGAAGAGUUUGGGUAUUGAGACUUUCAGAGUGUAUGGGAGGAAGAAUCCAGAGGGUGGGAUGCUGUACGACGGGAAAGCGUUGACACAGGCACUUGAGUCGAUAUUGGGCAGGGAGGAUAAGGGUGUUGCAAGGAGAAAUACGUUACAGCAUUAAAAAUAAUGUACAUUAAAGGAUUCAUUGGUAUAUAUAUAUG